AUGUAUCCCUUCAGGACGAAGCUCCCGUCGGCCAAGCUUCUGCAGCAGCUCACCCCGCCGGGCUGGCACCACAAGUCGCCCGCCCAGCUGCGCCAGCUCGCCGACGCCGUCGGCCGCGUCCGCAUCGCCGUCAUCCACGGCACCGGCGACGACAUGAUCGACGUCCACCACGGCAGGCUGCUGGCGAAGCACCUCGAGCCCGCCGUCGUCGAGAUCAUCGAGGGCAUGGGCCACGCGCCCAUCAUGGACAGGGUGCCGUGGCUCCACGGGUGGCUGGAGGACCGAAUCGCCGUGGUGGAAAAGUUGGAGCCAGUAACAUAA